UUAAAAAUGGCGACUGGAGCUUCGCAACGGCGACCCCUCUCUAACAAUAACAGUUGAACAACGUUUCAUUUAUUGUUGGUGUCACUCGCAGUCAUCAUGGCAGACGUCUUGGACAUCGAAAACGCCGAAGAAUUCGAAGUAGACGAGGAUGGAGACCAGGGUCUUGUUAGACUCAAAGAAAGGGCGAAGAAGCGGAAGGGCCGUGGCUUUGGCGGAGAUGAACGAGACAGACAAGAGAUCCUCUAUGAAGGAAUGGAGAUCGAAGGAGAUGAUGAGCCAGGACCUCAGAGAUCUGUAGAGGGUUGGAUUUUGUUUGUGACUGGUGUCCAUGAGGAGGCUCAAGAAGAUGAUAUACAAGACAAAUUUUCCGAGUUUGGGGAAAUAAAAAAUGUACACCUGAAUCUGGACCGACGUACUGGAUUUUUGAAGGGGUAUGCUCUAGUGGAAUUUGAGACCUUCAAAGAAGCACAGGCAGCUCUAGACGGUUUAAAUGGCUCUCUUAUCCUAGGACAGACUAUUACUGUUGAAUGGUGCUUUGUUAAAGGACCAAGAAAGAAUAAAAAAGAAAGGAGGCGACGCUGAAAUUAGGUGUCUUCAAGUAAAUCAGCGGUGUACAACAGUUUUUACAGAUUUAUGAAGUUACUUGUUACAGAAGUAUUUCAUUGCAUCUUUUUCAUUCCGCAAAUGCCAUUUCAUAAAUAGCCAAGAGAACUGUUAAACAGAGUCCUUUUUUUACUUUUUGUUGGUAUGUAGUAAUUCAAGCCUGUUUUAUCUUUUUGGUUCAUAAGGCAUAGUUAUCCCUUUUUACUAAUGUAUUUCAAAAUUGUUAAAUACAAAGUAUUUAACUUGUAUCUGAACAAUUCUUAGGGACCUGGAUUUUGUAAUUCAAAUAAAAAUAUUCUUUA